UCUGGUGACUACUGGGGAUGUUUUCCUUAUUCCCAUAUUGAUUCAUGUUUCAAUAACAAACAAGUUAAAUUAUUUAAAAAUUGAGAUUAAGUUCUACUGUCUUUUUCACUGUUGGAAUUUCAAAAUAAGUUUGCUGCCUUGUCUCUUCUCCCCUUCCCAAACCUCCCCACUGCCCAUUUCUUGGAGAAGUUAUCCGCUCUCUCAAUGCCUUACCAUCUUUCUUCAGUCAGCGAAGAAGGAGAAUCCUGCAGAUGAUCAAUUAUUACUAUUUCAGUGUGCAAGUGUAAUUUUGCUUUGUGAUCUUCCUUCUUUGAUAGUCUUAUGGGGGAGAGAUGAAAUUGGGAGAGGCAAGGAGAAUGAGAUAUUGGGGAAUGAAGGUUUUAAUUGUGCUGGGGCUGAAAAAAAACUCCUUUGUAUCUUCCCACAGCAAAAACAUGUAAUUAAAUUCCUCAACACUCUAAUUUUAUUUCUAUUAAUAUCCUCCAUCACAACUGGCUAGGAUCACAAAAUAUUCUUCUGGCCAAGAGAAUUUAAUUAGCUGCAACUCUUUUCAGUGCCUGUCCUCUGCAGCCAUUUAAGAAAUAAGGUUGCCUCUGAGUUAUGGAGCAUAUUGUUCUCCAGGUUUAAGCAACUAGGCAUCUUCAGCAGUGUCAGCUUCUGCUGACACAUGUAUUGGGUUCACAGACUUCGUUAGGUUUCCCACAGGUUAGCGCAGAACAUACCACAAGACCACCAAUCUAGCUCAUCUAAGUUUGGACGUUAAAAGCUUCCUCCAUAAGCUAUUGCGGAAUAGUUGUAAAUUAUCAAAAUAUUUCAAAAUUGUAUUGCUUUUGGAAAACUACCUGUCCUGAGAGACAAGUCCAGGAAGACUUCAGUUUUUUUCCAAGUAACUAAAUCAACACAUUGGCCUCUUUUGGAAAACAAACUUAAAUCAUUCAGUAUUGGCAAAAUGAGUGCUGCCAAGAGGACUUUAAGUAAGAAGGAACAAGAGGAGUUAAAAAAGAAGGUAAUGGAGGAUGAGAAGGCAGCUGCAGAAAUUUAUGAAGAAUUCCUUGCUGCCUUUGAAGGAAGUGAUGGUAAUAAGGUGAAAACAUUUGUAAGAGGAGGAAUUGUCAAUGCGUCUAAAGAUGAACAUGAAACAGAUGAAAAACGAGGUAAAAUCUACAAACCUUCAGCACGAUUUGCAGAUCAAAAAAAUCAGCCAAAUCAGCCAUCCUCUAAUGAGAAGCCUCCAUCCCUUCUAAUGAUAGAAACCAAAAAGCCUCCUUUGAAGAAGGGGGAGAAAGAAAAGAAAAAGAGCAAUUUAGAACUCUUCAAAGAAGAACUAAAACAAAUUCAAGAGGAGCGUGAUGAAAGGCAUAAAACAAAAGGUAGAUUAAGUCGUUUUGAACCACCUCAGUCAGAUUCAGAUGGCCAGCGACGUUCCAUGGAUGCUCCUUCAAGAAGAAACAGAUCUUCUGGUGUACUGGAUGAUUAUGCACCAGGUUCACAUGAUGUUGGAGAUCCAAGCACAACGAAUUUGUACCUUGGAAACAUUAAUCCUCAGAUGAAUGAAGAGAUGUUAUGUCAAGAAUUUGGGCGCUUUGGACCAUUAGCUAGUGUUAAAAUUAUGUGGCCAAGAACCGAUGAGGAAAGAGCAAGAGAAAGGAACUGUGGUUUUGUUGCCUUUAUGAACAGGAGAGAUGCUGAACGAGCAUUAAAGAAUUUAAAUGGCAAGAUGAUUAUGUCCUUUGAAAUGAAGCUAGGUUGGGGCAAAGCUGUACCGAUUCCACCACACCCAAUAUACAUUCCACCUUCCAUGAUGGAACAUACCCUCCCACCACCUCCAUCAGGACUGCCUUUUAACGCUCAGCCUAGAGAGAGAUUGAAGAACCCUAAUGCUCCCAUGUUACCACCACCAAAAAACAAGGAGGAUUUUGAGAAGACUCUGUCGCAAGCCAUAGUCAAAGUGGUUAUCCCAACAGAAAGGAAUUUGCUCGCAUUGAUACAUCGAAUGAUAGAGUUUGUGGUACGUGAAGGGCCUAUGUUUGAAGCCAUGAUCAUGAACCGAGAAAUCAACAAUCCAAUGUUCAGGUUUUUGUUUGAAAACCAAACUCCAGCCCAUGUAUAUUACAGAUGGAAGCUUUAUUCAAUUUUACAGGGAGAUGCUCCAACCAAGUGGAGGACAGAAGAUUUUCGUAUGUUCAAAAAUGGAUCAUUUUGGAGGCCACCACCAUUAAAUCCAUACCUGCAUGGGAUGUCAGAAGAGCAAGAAACUGAAGCGUUUGUAGAGGAACCUAACAAGAAGGGUGCACUUAAGGAGGAGCAGAGAGACAAAUUAGAGGAAAUCCUGCGUGGAUUAACGCCUCGUAAGAAUGAUAUUGGCGAUGCAAUGGUUUUCUGUCUUAAUAAUGCUGAAGCUGCUGAAGAAAUUGUAGACUGCAUUACUGAGUCAUUGUCCAUUCUGAAGACUCCUCUUCCUAAAAAGAUUGCAAGAUUAUAUUUGGUGUCAGAUGUGUUAUACAACUCUUCAGCUAAAGUUGCCAAUGCCUCAUAUUAUAGAAAAUUUUUUGAAACAAAAUUAUGUCAGAUAUUUUCUGAUCUCAAUGCUACCUACCGUACAAUACAAGGCCAUCUACAGUCUGAAAAUUUCAAGCAACGGGUAAUGACAUGCUUCAGAGCAUGGGAAGACUGGGCGAUUUAUCCAGAACCGUUUUUGAUCAAACUGCAGAAUAUUUUCUUGGGGCUUGUAAAUAUUAUAGAAGAAAAAGAAAUAGAGGAAGUACCAGAUGAUCUUGAUGGAGCUCCCAUUGAGGAAGAGCUUGAUGGUGCACCACUGGAAGAUGUAGAUGGAAUUCCUAUUGAUGCUGCUCCGAUAGAUGAUCUUGAUGGAAUCCCUAUUAAAUCACUUGAUGAUGAUCUUGACGGUGUACCUUUGGAUACUUCUGAAGAGUCUAAAAAGAAUGAGCCCAUAUUCAAAGUUGCCCCUUCAAAAUGGGAAGCAGUGGAUGAAGCAGAAUUGGAAGCUCAGGCUGUUACAACUUCUAAAUGGGAGUUGUUUGACCAGCAUGAAGAAUCAGAAGAGGAAGAAAAUCAAAAUCAAGAAGAAGAAAGCGAAGAUGAGGAGGAUACUCAGAGUUCUAAAUCAGAAGAGCAGCAUAUGUACUCCAAUCCCAUCAAAGAAGAAAUGCCUGAAUCCAAGUCAUCAGUCAAGUACUCUGAAAUGAGUGAAGAAAAGCGUGCCAAACUCAGAGAGAUUGAGCUUAAGGUGAUGAAAUUUCAAGAUGAGUUGGAGUCUGGAAAAAGACCCAAGAAACCAGGCCAGAGUUUUCAGGAACAGGUUGAACACUAUAGAGACAAACUUCUUCAGAGGUUGUUUUUAAUAACUCAGGAAAAAGAAAAGGAGCUGGAAAGAGAACGAGAGAGAGACAAGAAAGACAAGGAAAAAUCUGAAUCCAGAUCCAAAGACAAGAAAGAAAAAGAAGAAUGUACACCAACAAGAAAAGAGAGGAAAAGACGACACAGUACAUCACCCAGUCCAUCUCGCAGCAGUGGCAGUAGACGAGCAAAAUCCCCAUCACCAAAAUCGGAGCGCUCAGAGCGAUCUGAAAGAUCCCACAAAGAGAGCUCACGUUCCAGGUCAUCUCACAAAGAUUCUCCUAGAGAUGUCAGUAAAAAAGCCAAAAGAUCACCAUCUGGCUCAAGGACACCCAAAAGAUCAAGAAGGUCACGAUCCAGGUCCCCUAAAAAGUCAGGGAAAAAAUCCAGGUCACAGUCCCGUUCUCCACACAGAUCUCACAAGAAGUCAAAGAAAAGCAAACACUGACAAAAUGUUCAUAUUUUUUAUGAUGGUGUCACUUACUGGAAAUGCGGUUUUGUUUUUGUGCCUGAACAGUCUGUUUAAAAAACAAAAAAAUCAAACAAAAAAGCAUUCCUGAAUUUUUUGUGAAUGCAUGUGUAUACUCAUGAGUAACUGCAUCUGUAGACCUGUCAUUGUUUUAUAUUGUACAAAAUAUCUUCAUUGUGACUAUUUCCCCAAAUGAAACAUUUUUUGUGUUUAGAGAUUUCAUCAGAAAUGUGUGUAUCUGAUCUGCUGGCGGUAGUGAUAUUUUUGUUUUAGAAUGUUGUGACAUAGCAAAAAUAACACAAAUGUUUCCCCCUUUUUGUAGCUUUGACAAUUUGAAUUAGAUUUCAAAUAAAAUCUGAACAGAAAUUUAAAA